GAUCCCAGAUGAAGAUCCGGUGGAACCUGGUAAGUAUAUUUAAUGUUGUGAAGUAAAUCAAUAACAAAAAAUUGACUUUAUUGGAUAUGUAAAUGGCAGAACAUAUUAAACAGUGAUUUAUCCAGGGAAUAUCCGUUAGUGAUAGCUACUGUAUUCAAUGUGCAUCUUUAUGGAAAAUAGAACUUACUAAUCAUAUUACAAAAUAUUAAAUGAACACAAUAUUUUAGACUCUGUGUCUGCCCCACAGUAAGUGCAUUGUUUAAGUAUGUUAUUCUGUUUUUGAUUUUGAUUUUUUCUUCUUUUCUCACGGUGGAAUCAUAAUUUCAUUCCAGGUGAAUGGAAUUUUAGCAUGUUUUUAUGUUCUCAUUUAUGGAAAGCAGUGCCUAAAGACAUGCUAUUUUAUCAUUAUUUAGGUCAGAAAUAUUUUUUAAUGCAUAUCUAAUGGGGGGAUGUACCAAGAAAUUGACCAAGAAAUAACCACCUUAAAUUGUGAUUCCACAAUAUUUUAUUUCGUAAAUUGAAUUUUCUGUUACUGUUAAAAGUUAUACAUUUGAUGAUGCUCACAUGCAAUACUUUGUCUUUUCAGUAUAAGCUUUAUCAAAAUUACCUGAUAUUGCUCAUAAAAGGAAAUUUGAUUACAUGUAAAUACAGGUCAAUCAUACAUGUAAUACCUUCUCUUUUUUUUGAAAAAGUUUUGCAGCAAAAAUUUGAAUGAAAUCAUUUAUAUGAAUAAGGAAUACAGGUAAAAAUAUGACGGAGUUCUGUCAAUCAAUAUGUUCUUACAUGUACGUUUAUGUUACUUAGAUCUGAAAAUCCUGCUCCAGAGACCAUCGGCCGUUUUCUUCAAUACCUUAGGAGUUUGUGGACAAAACGUGCAAUUCCUUCUAAGGAGAAUUUUUUGAUUGCUUCAUGCGAAGGAGUAAGGUUAAGUGCAGAGGCAUUCCUGUCCUUAAGAGACAGAGUUUCGGAUGAGUUACUUGAUGCAUACAUGUACUGUUGUUUGAGAGCAAAGAAGUCGAGUUAUGAGUACAUAAAUUGUACAGUGCUCAGCAUGUUACUGAGCAAAAGAAAUCAGGAGGCUAUUGUUGAUUACGAAAUAUCAUCACCACUGUUAAUGGGAUUUUAUAACAUUGGCAGAAGGCAUUGGGUUUUGAUUAUGAUUUCUUGUAUUGAAAAAAGACUGACAGUCCUUGAUCCACUGGGAGAGAGUAAAAUGACUAUGCAAUGCAUAUUAUCAACUUGGAAAAAUUUCCUGAGAAUAAGCAAGAAGAAUACUAGCCUGAGUUGUGGUAAUUGGUAUGUGAACACAAUUCCACAUACCAAACAACAAGAUAGUAGUUCUUGUGGAAUAUUUUGUCUUAUGUUUGUAGAAAAGCUGUUGGAGGAAGAGGCUCUUUUUUUCAAUACCUGCAGCGAUGCCAUAACUGCCUUCAGAGUGAAAGUUGCUUCGAGAAUAAUUGAAAAUCAAGAUGAUGAAACUUUACAUAGCCUAUGCAGAAUCUGCCAAAAAACUGAUAGCAUGAAAGGGAAACUAAGAUACAUUGACUGGGUUGGUUGUGAUGACUGUGGACUGUUUUGGUGCCAUUUUAGUUGUAUGAAGAUGUCAUCAUCAUAUCAUGACUUUAUUCAACAGAAAUGAUCAUGUUGUGUAUGCUCCAGCUUAUUGUUUUUGUACUUUCCGUUCUUUGGGGAGCAGUUGAAGUUAGCUCUUCCAACUUUUGAGCACUACUACACAGGAUGCUAUAACUGUGUAUGUACUGAUACUGGUUCAAUAGUUCAUUCAUUUGUCCAUAUACAUGAAUUGUACAUUUAUUACUUAAAUCUAUGUAGUUGAAAAAGUUUAUGUCAAUUCAAAUUUUAAAAGGGUUUUGAAAACAAUAACUAAUUCCUGAAUUUGGUUGAUGUAUUUUUUUCUUGAUUCUUAAAAAUGUUCAUAUCAUUUUCCCCAACACUUUCGUUGGACAAUUUUAUAUAUUGUCUAAUAAUUCGCAAUUUUAACCCAAAAAAAACACUUCUUUAAGUAAUUCCUAUUUUUAAUUUCAAGACAAGACUUUGUAAGUACAGUUUUAAAAACUGACAACACUCCUAGUAUUUCUUUUUCAUCUCAACCUCUAUCUAUGUAUAUAAAUGAAUGUUUCCUGAAUUUAAGUGCAAUAUAUGUAUGAAUAUUGAUUUGUAUUACUAACACCAACAAACAAAACUAUUUUUGAUGUGAAUACAGCAAAACGAAGUUUAUGAUAUACACACUUAUUUAAGUACUGGCCUGGAUUUCUCGAGAAAAACUUAAAUCGAAACUUGGACCUAUGUAUGAGAUUUUACUAAAAUUUUGGCUGCUCAAAUAACAGAAAACUCCAACUCAAUUUGGAGAUUUUUUGGAGAAAUCCAAGUCGUAUUAUUGUAUCCUGUUUCGCGUAAAUUGCAUUUGAUUUCAAUGUAACUUUUUUGUUUUAAGUUGUUUUGCACAUAUAUGUUUUGACAAUUGAUAUUGCAAAGAUUCUCUCCUAAAGAUUCUCUCCCAACCCACAUUACCGUUUAUUUCUUUUAUUGCUGUAAAUAACUACAUUAUUAAUAGUUUUAACAUGAUGAAGGAAUCCACGUUAUUGCUAUCUAUCAUCUUGUAUAUUGUUCUAAAGAUAACUUCUCGAAUAUAUUCAUACCUUUGUAUGAAGUAUACUGAGGAGUUCUGUCUGUGAAAAUUAUUGAACUGUUCAAAUGCGGGAGAUAUGAAAAGAUAACCAUUGUACAUACAACAUGUAAUAUGUGUUUUGAGGAUUUUUAGUUACAGUUGUUUGUAAUGUUCAAUUCUAACACUGUUGUUUAAUUAUGUAAGAACAAGAUUCAACGUUAUUUCAGUGUAGAAUUCUGUGUUGAGAAUUUCUGUCAAGUGUACAGAUUUCAGUGUUUUUCUGCGUAUUUCUGUUUUGCUCGCGUGAAGUAUUUAAUUCUCUAUUUUUUGGUGUAAAUUUAUUAUUGUUAUGGCAAAAUAGGACUUAUUUCUCUAUAUUCCAAUUUAGUCUGCUAUAUAUUUACAAUCUUCAGAAUGCAUUAUAGAUUUGUUGCUUAGAGUAUAGUAAUGCAAUAGAUUCAAAAUUUAAAUCAUGAUUUAGAUUCAAGUAAUAGGAUUGCUUUCUUUAUUUGAGAUUGAGGUUUGAUAAUUGAGACUACCAAGAGUGAUUGUCCUAUGCAAAAUCUACUUUAUUUUAAAUUCUAUUUGUAGCACAUAUUUACAUGUAAGUAAGCCAUUGAGAGUGAAUACCUCUGAUAUGAGUAUCUUGUUUAUUAAUUUGUCCUCAUUAAGAGGAAUUUCGACAUAGAUAUAUCAAAAAGUAUUAUUGGCAAAAACCAUCUGUUUUCAAAUUUGUCAAUUAUUAAGUGUUCAUAAUGUACACGAACUUUGUAAUUUAGGGAAAUAUUUAUGUUUUGCACUUAAGUUGCGAGAAAACCUUGUUUAAGUCAUUCUCCGUUGCUUGCUUGAAUUAGUACACUGCCAUACAGUGUCAUUUUCAUGGACAUGUAUUUAUGAAAUUGAUGUGAUAAGACAUGUCUUAAGCAAUAAAGAAUAUAUAAUCUGA